GAGCGCACAGCCAAUGGGAAAAUACUCUCAGCUGCCGCACACACACAGACUGACGUGGAAUCGAUUCUGUGACGACCGUGAGAUUCCACAAGUAGCCUAAUAUGCGCAACACAGUGGAUUGUGGAUUUUUUUUUUAUCUUCCUUUCUCCUUUCUGCCCAGUUGUGUUUCCUUAUUCAUUGUGCGCCCUAUGAAGAGCAUUAACUAUCCCUCCCUCCAAUCCUAUUGAAAGGGCUCCGAAAAAAACAGAGGGAGAUGAGAGCAGCAAAUCCCUUUUUUAUUCCCCUCGUAGCGCUCAAUAAGAGAAGAAUGUGUUGCCUAUCAGUCACCGAGGGGAUCAAGUCUUCGGGACUGUCCCACGCGUUCAAUGCGUCGUGCAGAGCAUCUCUGAGAGAGACAGAGUGAAGAGGACAGCGACGACAGCAGCAGCAUCAGCAUCCUGCCUGGACACUUCACAUCAUUUAGCAACCUGUCUCCACUCAAGAUCCAUUUAAGUCAAUUAGAGCUGCCUGCUCUUCUCACCUUUCAAGCCCUCUCUUACUGGACCGUGGUGCGUGGCACGAUGAGGAGUCUGGCGCUGCUGUUGGGGGUGAAAGCCGCCUGCAUCCUGCUGGUGUCUUCGCUCUCUGGCACAGGCGCCGUGAACAACAGCGGCCGGUGGUGGGGGAUUGUCAAUGUGGCCUCCUCAUCCAACCUCCUCACCAAUUCCAAGAACGUGCAGUUAGUCCUGGACCCCAGCCUGGCCCUACUGAGUCGUCGCCAGCGCCGGCUGAUUCGCCAGAAUCCUGGCAUUUUGCAUGCAAUCGCUGCUGGGCUGCACACUGCCAUAAAGGAGUGCAAGUGGCAGUUCCGCAACCGCCGCUGGAACUGCCCGACCACCCACAGCCCAGCAGUGUUUGGCAAAAUUGUCAAUCGGGGUUGCCGAGAGACAGCAUUUGUAUUUGCAAUUACCAGCGCAGGAGUGACCCAUGCUGUGGCUCGCUCAUGCUCAGAAGGGGCCAUUGAGUCGUGCACAUGCGAUUACCGCCGCCGAGGCCCUGGAGGGCCAGACUGGCAUUGGGGGGGCUGCAGUGACAAUGUGGACUUUGGCCGAAUGUUCAGUCAGGAGUUUGUGGACUCCAGUGAGAGGGGCAGAGACCUGCGCUACCUCAUCAACCUACACAAUAACGAAGCUGGCAGAAUGACUGUGUCAUCAGAGAUGCGUCAGGAGUGUAAAUGCCAUGGCAUGUCAGGCUCUUGCACAGUGCGUACCUGUUGGAUGCGCCUGCCCAGCUUCCGCACAGUGGGAGACUUCCUGAAGGAUCGCUUUGAUGGUGCAUCCAGAGUGGUUUAUGCCAACAAGGGAAGCAACCGUGCCUCUCACCGAGCUGAGCCCCGCCACCUGGAACCUGAUAACCCAUCUCACAAAUCCCCCUCUGCCAUGGACUUGGUCUAUUAUGAGAAAUCACCAAAUUUCUGCUCCUACAAUGGCAAAACUGGCACUUUGGGAACUUCAGGGAGAACAUGCAACAGCUCAUCACCAGGCCUAGAUGGGUGUGAGCUGCUAUGCUGUGGACGUGGGUAUAAGACCCGGACUGAGACUGUGACUGAACGUUGCAAUUGCACCUUCCACUGGUGCUGCCAUGUUAGCUGCUUGAACUGCACCAGUACACGAACAUUCCACCAGUGUCUAUGAUCACAGGUGAAAAACCAAGUCAAUAUUUAGGCAUAUAUGGAAGUCAAAGAAGAAAUAUGUCUGAAAAAAGCAGACAGGUGGUUUGAGAUGUUAGGUUGGAGAAGCUAAAUGAGCUUCCAGGUGGAUAAACUAAUACAGGGAAAACCUAGGCACAAAAACACAAUCAGUAUUUUUGAGAGAUGGAGAAAAGGUCACAACAUAUGAGGAAGUAUUAGCCUUACUUUCAAUGAUUACAGGUAUGAAGGUGGUAUUUAAAUAUAACAACCCUCACAAGAAUGGAAAUCAUCCACAUUGCUCAGUGUUUACACUGUGGAUAAAUAGAAACAGUAGUACAGGGAGAAAUGAUAAUGAGGUUUAAGUACUCGCAACCAGGUUGUCUGAGAAUCAUCUUCUGUGGGCAGAAGCCAGAUGCAAUGUUUUUUGUGUAAAAGCCACAACUAUGUUGUCUUACAAACUGAUGAAGACCUCAACCAAGAAGGGAAGUUAAUUUAAAAAUAUUCUAUUUGAAUUCUGACGUUUAUCUUUGUGGAAGUGCUGUAUGUUCCUAACUUAAGUCCUGGAUGCAACACAAACAAAUCACAUUUGCCUUUAUUUAGCUUUCUUUGAUGAACCAGUCUGACUUGCCAGUAUGGUUCUGGUUCCAUGACUGGUACUGGUGCUCGCUAAAUACAGUAGACAGUGACUGAGCAAAUCUUAGAGAGGCAAAUUUAUUUGAAUGUAUUAUCAAUACACUGAAUAUUAUUGCAUUCUCCAAACCAGAGAGGGUCAAUAAUAAAAGAGCAACUGACGUUGUGCAUUGACGCAAGAAAAAAAAAGUACACUUAACUGUUCUCUAAUGAAGUGGUCUAUGUUUAAAGUAGGCAAAUAUCUUUUACAUCAGGUUAGGCUGUAAGAAGCAGCUACGUUUCAGAUGAAACCUUUUAUUCUGAAGUAGCCACAGCAGAAGAAAUCAAACUGUAUAUCAGCUAAGAGAACCAAAAUACUGUAAAUAUUAAAAUAUAUUAUAUUUAUGAUUAUGUUUUGUGAGUUUGCAGUAAGAUAUGCCCACGUCAGUGGUUGGAGAAUAUGCUAUCAUUAGUGUCAAGUCAGGAGAUGUUUAGAACUCUUGCCUUUUUCUAUUUUGGUGUAAUGUACUUGACACGAAAGCAGCUCAUACUAGAAACAGAUUUACAUCACUUCUUUGCUUUGCUUUAUUUCCUGUAAAAAAAACAACAACAAAAAAAAACAACUUGCGUUUGGUCAUGCACUGAAUAAUUACCUUUUUUAUUACUGUAAAUACAAAAUAUUUAUUUCUGGGAAUUUUGUUUUUAUACCAUCAUAGAGAGAUGUGAUAAGACAUUUUUUAGAUUUUAAUUAAAAGAUUUAGGUACCAGUUGGUUUUGUAUUGUAUGAUAGAACAAUAAAGUCUAUAUUUUCAAUUAAGUUUCCCUGCUGAAUGUGUCAAAAGAUGCCAUUAUGCCUGUUGUAGUUUGUGUUUGAGAUAGUUUUGACAACCAACAAAGUGAACAUAUAAGCCUAUCCCUGGGUGUCCUUUGCCUAAUCCUAUUACCACCACCAAAGGAGCCUCUUUCCUCAGCUCACAAAACAUCCCUGCAUCUGUGCUCCCAACCACAGUGAUGGCCCCAGCUUAUCCAGCCACAUACCUUAUUUUA